UGUUGUCCUUCUGCGGCCCUGCGUUUGAUCUGUCCUGCUUCUCGAUCUGGCUCCGGCCAUCCCGAUUUCGCCCCCCCCCGUCCUCCUCCAUCUCGGUCCUGCCCUGGUCUCCUCCAGCGUGUACGGACUUGGUCUGCCUCGUUUGUACAGGUCCGCUCGUGCCCCACGCAUCGCCCUGCUUGGCGGUCCUUGCUCGUUCCCUUCCCUUUCCCAGCCACCCGCAUCGCCGUCCUCCCAUCGCCCCUCGACACCCUCGACACCCUCGGCGCAAGCCAUCUUCCUGCUCGUCGUCUUCGUCCUCUCGCCGCUGCCCUAUCGUUUCUCUUCCCGCUUCAUCUCCCAUCGAUCGUGUCUCUCCCAUGGCCCGGCUGUCUGCAACCGGCUGGGUAGCGCUGCUCCUCGUCGCCGCACUGGUCGAGGGCAAGCCUUUCCUCAACAAAAUCAACGACUUUGAUCUCAGCGGCAAUAUCUGUCCCAACAUCGUCCAGCAGAAUGUCCCAUGCCCCAAUCUGUGUGUCGCUGACAUCAAGCUUUGCCCGUCGUCCUUCCGCCCUUCCUGUCCCAACGGCCAGAGCUACUGCCCCGACGGCACUUGCCAGUCGUCCUGUGCGAAUGUACAGUCGACCUGCUCGUGCUCCUACGGCUACAGUGGCAUCGGCAACUCGUCCAUCAGCAGCGGCAGCUUCCCCUCCAGCCAGCUCACUCUGUACCCCUGCCAGCCCAUCCGGAUCAAUGUCACCGAGCCCAAGCAGGGCCCCACCUCGUCCCAGACGGUGCUGGCGGCAUUCUGCUACUCGGCUCUGGGACUGUCGGCCAGUCCCACGUUCAACGACCCGUUCUUCCAAGUGUGCCUUCCUCGCCUGCAGCCCGGCACCUUUUCGGUCUUCUCGCCCGAUUUUGCCAGCUUCUACAUCGUCCUUGGUGUCGAGGUCAUGAUCCUCGCUAUCCAUGGCUGCUUCAAGUUCUACGACAGCACGAGAUAUCGUGACAUCCCGCCCACGACAAAGUCGUCCUUUUCCUCCGAAAAGACCUUCUUCACCAUCACCGACGAAAACAACGUCGAGCUCCAGGAUCUCUGUGCCCCCGAUUCCUCUGCAUCGCUCCGCUUCCUCGGCUUCAAAACCGACUGGAUCGGUUCCAUCGUGCGCUACAGCGUGCUGCUGACGAGCGUGACUCUGAUGGCCCUGCUGGGUCUGCUGAUCGGCGACUACUACGGCGUCUUUGCCCAGUUCACCUACAAGGAGGAAACCAUGAUCUUUGUGAACCACGACAACCUGAGCCAGGUCUUCAUCCUCAUUUGGCACAUUUGCAUGAUCUGGUUCUUCUCCAUCCGAGCCACCCAAAACAAAACCGGCACGUACUUUGGCCGCCGCUGUUCGCUGCGACAGGCCACAAUCGUCCAGGUCGAGAAGAAGGUCGAGAGAGCCGUCUACCUCACCUCGAUGGGUCCCCUGGUCAACCGCUGGCAGAAGAUGGAGCGCCGGUUCAAAAAGUUCCUCAGGCUCGACCGCUCUGUCUACGUCGUACCGGUCAAGCACACCCCCAACGGAAUCAAGUACAUCGAGAUCGAGUGCAUCCGAUACGUCUUUGACGAGCGUGCCGAGACCUUUGAACAGCACCAGCCGCCCAUCGCCUUGACCAACUCGGAUCUGCAUGCCUCGCUCGAAGGGCUUGCCGAGGGCGAGGCCAUGAACCGCGCCAACCUGAUGGGCCCCAACGCCGUCGAGUUCCGAGGAGACACUCUCUUCACGGCCGUCAAGAAUGAAUUCACGGGAUACUUUUACAUCUACCAGUUCCUCACCCUCUCGAUCUGGUACUACUACGCGUACUACCAAAUGGGCCUGGUCCUGACGAUCGUCAUCGUGGCAUCGGGUCUGGUCAAGGUUAUGGUUGGGCUCCGUGCCCAAAAGCGCGUGCUCGAGAUGGUGACGUUCUCCAACAUGUGCAAGGUUAAGCGAGGCGGCCGCUGGGAGACCGUCAACUCGAUCGAGCUGGUCCCUGGAGACGUUGUUGCUGUUGAAUCGAGCGAGCAUGUCUUGAGUGUCGACUGUGUCCUUGUUGACGGCGGUGCCGUUGCCGACGAAAGUUCCUUGACAGGCGAGGCCCUCCCCGUGGCAAAGUUCCCCAUCAAGAACGAUGCCAAGACCUUCUCGGUCUCGGAGCCUCCCAAGGCCAACACCCUCUACGCCGGAUGCCACAUUCUCCAGACCCAGCCCGACACCGAAAACUCGCCCACGAUGGCGGUUGUGCUGGCCACCGGCCCGAACACUUGCAAGGGCCGCCUCGUGCGCGACAUCCUCUACCCCACCGCCAUCUCCUUCACCUUUACGGAGCACCUCAAGAUGGUCAUCCCCGUCCUGAUCAUCUGGGGCUUUGUCAUGCUCAUUAUCGGCGUCAAGUUCAUGGACGUCGAGGGCGUCGACUCGUGGUUUUACGGCAUGUUUACCAUCUCGCAAGUGUUGUCGCCGCUGCUGCCCGCAGUUCUCGUCAUUGGCCAGAGUGUGGCGGCCGAGCGUUUGGCCAAGAAGGGCAUCAUGUGUGUUGAUCUGGCCCGCAUCACCCUGGCCGGCAAGACCAAGAUCUUUUGCUUCGACAAGACCGGCACCCUCACCAAGGAGGGUCUCCAGUUCCGUGCCAUCCAGCCUGUCGAUCGUGACGGCUACACCGGACCCGUGUUUGCCCCGGCGCUCUUCCAGUGGACAAAGUUCCCCCGUGCGAUCCAGCUCGCGAUGCUGACCUGCCAUUCGAUCACCUCGGUCAACGACGAGUUUGUCGGCAACUUUGUCGACGUCGAGAUGUUCAAGUUCACCAACGCCACCCUGGGUUCUGGAGAGGCUGGCCAUUCGUCCACGAUUUACCCACCCAACGACCGACCGCUGCAUAUCGUCAAACGCUUCGAGUUCAUCCAUGCCCACGGCUACAUGACGUCGGUUAUCCGCGACGACGACGGCCACCUGUAUGUGCAAAUGAAAGGCUCUCCCGAGAAGAUCCGUGAGCUGGUUGAUCCUGCAAGCAUCCCCAACAACUUUGAGAGCGUGCUGACAGAGCACACCGCCUCUGGCUGCUACGUACUCGGCUUUGCCGUCCGCCAGCUGCCUCCCAACCUGUCCGCUGCCGAUAUUCAGUCCUGGGACCGCGACCGCAUCGAGCAGGGCGCCGAGUUUGCCGGCUUGAUUGUGUUCCGAAACGAGCUCAAGGAGGAUACCGUUGCGGCCCUGCGCCACCUGCGCGACGGCGGCUGCCGCACGGUCAUGAUCACGGGCGACAACCUGCUCACGGGCGUGCAUGUGGCCAAGCAGUGCGAGAUGAUUCCGCUCCGUGGAGCCAUGGGCACGCCAGAGCAAGGAAAGCCGGUUGUGGUGCUGUAUGCCGAUGUGAACGCCAGCGGACAGAUUGUCUGGAAGAACCACGACGACGAUUCGGCCGUGGGUCUGGCCACGGUCAUGAACCUGGUUGAGCUGAGCCACACCGGAGCCGGCAACCCCGUGGAGCUCGCUGUGACAGGCAAGGCCUUCAACCUGCUGAUUGCCGAUGGUCUGAUGCGCAAGCUCCUGCUUGACAUCCGCGUCUUUGCCAGAAUGUCCCCUGAGGACAAGAUUCAGUGCGUACGCCUCCACAUGCAGCACGCGGUCACAGCCAUGUGCGGCGACGGCGGAAACGACGCCGGUGCCCUCAAGGCCGCUCACGCCGGCAUUGCUCUGAGCGAGGCCGAAUCCUCUGUGGUCUCGCACUUCAGCAGCAGGGACCGCUCCAUCAACGCAUGUGUGGAGAUGAUCAAGGAGGGCCGCUGCUCGCUGGAUGUCUCCUUUGCAAACUACAAGUACCUGAUCAUGUACGGCGAAGUCUUGGCCUUCUCGGGCCUCGUGCAAGCCUACUUCACCGUCAGUCUGAACCAGUGGACGUGGAUCCUUAUCGACGGAAGCACCAUCCCCAUCAGCUGGGCGCUGACGAUGGCCAAACCGGCCCCAACGCUUUCCGAGAGCCGCCCUACGGCCCGACUGAUCGGCGUCGAGACCAUUACAUCAGUCGUCGGUCAAAUCUUCAUCGACCUGGUCUUCCUGGUCGGUGCGGUUGUGAUGCUCUUCCGCCAGCCGUGGUUCGUCUGCCACGAGUUCAAUGGAGCCAACGCCGAUGUCCGUCGGUGGUGGGAGCUCGGCGACAACUUUGAGGCCGAGGUCAUCGGCAUCCUCUCGAUCUUCCAGAUCUUCCACGCCGCCGCCGCCUUCAACCUGGGCUCGCGCUACCGCUCAGGCUUCCUGAAGAACUACAUCUUCAUCGGCGUCUACGUGAUCCUUGCGGCGCUGCUGUCGUUCCUGACCCUGGGCAACCCCAAUCUGUUUGGAUGCAUCUUCCACAUCAACUGCGGCACGCCCGAAGCCCUGCAGUCGCUCGGAUACUCGUCGUUCUGGGGGGCGCCCUCCGAGUACUAUUCCAACGACGGCCACAACGUCAUGCCCAUGGAUUUCCGCUGGAAGUUCUGGGCGCUGUGCAUGGGCAACCUCAUUGCCCUGCUCCUGUUUGAGGGUCUGGUGGUGCUCGGUCCGAUCCGCAACUGGGCCAAGCAGCGCUGGCCCCUCAACCGGGAGAGCUAUCGUCUCUGAACGGCCCGGUGCCAGUGGAGGCACACCCGGCACCUCCCACGAGUCUUUUCUUUGAUUUCGUCUUUGUUGUUUCCGCUGUUUGUUCCUUCGAUGUUCUCUUUGUUGUUUCUUCCGUUAUUGUCCAACUUUUGUAUAUGAGCGGGUUGCCGUGGCCGCUGGGCACUUGCUCUGGCAGAGCAUGCCCUUCCAGCCACAGCAGCGUCGCAGUUUCAUCCCAUGUGCGGGACACCCGGCCCGGAUCAAUACACCAGCCUCGAGCCAUCACCGCUGUGGUGCAGCGAGAUUAACACAGGA